AUUCAAAAGAUGUCAGAGUCAGAAUUGUACUACUACCAAGUACAGGGCCCACCCAGGCAUGCAUCCUCUAAUCACAAAACUCUCCAUCUUCGAUUCAUCCCUCAAUAUAUAACUCCGAUCCCACACUCUGAUCUUCAACAGUAUCUCUGGGUUUCAGCCAUUAUCCUCUGAUCUUCAACUCCUUCUUUCAACCUGGAAUGCAUAAUAGUUUUUUGGGGUUGAAGACGAUGAAGAUUCGGGGUUUUUUGGUGAAGACGCCAGUUUUCCGGUGUGUGGUCCGUCGCCGGCGUUCGUCGACGGAUAACCGGCGGGAGAAGUCCGGGUGCUCGGUGUUUAGUCGGCUGAAGACGAAAGCAAAGGCGAUCUGCGGCUCCUUGGGUUGGUCCCGGAGUUUUCGGAAAGCGGUUGAAGAGAAGGCGGCGCCGCCGCCGAAAGGGCAUAUGGCGGUGUACGUCGGGCAGAAAGACGGCGACUUUAGGAGGAUUCUGGUGCCGGUAAUGUACUUCAACCACCCUUUGUUCGGCGAGCUGCUUAGGGAGGCGGAAAACGAAUUCGGGUUCAGUCAUCCGGGUGGGAUCACCAUUCCUUGCCGGAUCUCCGAGUUUGAGCGGGUCCAGACCCGGAUCAAGCAAGGUAGAGCCUGCCGGAAAACUGCCAUCGCCGUGAAAUGAUGCCGGCCGGUCAAUGUUUGAUUAUGACGACGACGACGAUAUACAUAUAUACCUACCAUGAUUAAGAGUUUAUUUUUUCCUCUUUUUUUUUUCUCCUUAGACAAGUAAAUGAGGUUUGGACUUGGAAGCCACUAUUGAGCAAUAUAGUGUACAGAUGUACAUAAUUCAAAGCAAUGCAUGUCAAUCAAAAUUGGUGAAAUUACACAUUUAUGAGAAA